UACUCCAAUAGAAUUUAUAACUUUCGAAAAUGAUUCUGAAGGACUAAUUGUUCAUAGUAAACACUAUGGUACGGUUGCUAAAUAUGUACUUAUUAAUCCUUAUCAGCCUCUUGAAAAUUUUGAAAAAAAUAACAGUAUCACUAAUUAUGAUAACAGUAAUGUGAUAACUAAAUUAAACAGAAAAUUUUUCAUUAAUAACGAUAAAUAUGUCUGUAUCACUAAGGGACUGGAUGAAAAUAAAUAUCAACAAAUAGUAAACAAGAUUACUUAUCGCGAUAGUAUUUAUGAUUCGUCUACUUUUAAAGAAAUACAGAAUAUUCUCAAAGAAAUUGUUAAAAAAGAGAAGAUUGAUAGGGUUGCGCCAGAUAAUAUAGAAUUUGAAAAUGGAAAUGUUAUUUUUGAAAAAAAUGAUAGUUUAGAUAAAAUAAAGUUUGAGAUAAACAAUAAUCAAUCGAAUCAAUCUAUUGUACAUAAUCAAAUCGUACCUUUUGUUAAUCCUUAUACACUUUCCUAUAAACUAAUAAAUAACCAACAGGAUUUGGUAUUAAUUAAUGUAGAAAAAAUUGAAAUUUGGAUAAGAGAUAAAAAUUCAAUUAAUGGAAUUAGUCGUCGAUACCAAUGGAAUAAUGCUGAUUGGGAAGAUACUUAUAGAAAACUCAGAGAAAAAAAUCUUGUUUUCAAUAAAGAUUUUAUUACUCAACAUUAUAUACAACUAUUUAACAGGAUUUUAGAUAAUGAAUUUAAUGAUUCAAAUUCCUCAAUACCAUUAACGAGAUUUAUUUCAAUAGAUUUUAAUGAGCUUGGUAACAAUCUAUUAGUUAAUGAUAUUAUAAAUGAUACGAAAGCAUUGUCAAAAUUUAUAUCAGAAAUGUCAGAGAAAGCUGAUUAUCAACGAAUGAAACAUAUAGUCCCAUAUAUUAUAAAGGAUGCAGAUAAGUUUUCAAAUUUUGGGUUAGAAAUUUUAAAAGUAGCGAUUAACAAAAAUUAUGAUGAUAUUGUUCAACACGUUAUUGAUGAAAUUAUUAAAUCAACUCAGAUUGAUUCAAAAAAUAAUGCUUAUAUGGGAUUGUUGAACCCUUUACAAACUAAUUGUAUCAUUAGCGAAGAUUUAAGAAAUUUAGUAGCACUUAAUGAUAAUAUUAAUGAAGAUCAAAAGAACAAUCAAAUUGAUGAACUUAAACAACAAAUGAAUCAAUUUCAACAGCAAAUAAGUUUGCAACUUGGUGCAUUAAUUCAGCAAAUGAAUAUACAAAAUCAACAAAUAGGCACAACAAAUCAGCAAUUAGGUGUGUUAACUCAACAAAUUAAUAUACCAGAUCAGCAAAUUG